UCCCGUGAGUCAACUCCGAGACGUGGCCCCGCCCCCUUCGACGGCUCGGACCCGUCGGCAACCAACGCAUCUUACGUUCGGCCAAUAGGAGAGCACGUUUGCGUUACACGUCGGCGUAGAAGGUUGCAGAGCGGAAGCGUUCCAAACGUAAACAGUAAUCCGUGCCUUUUGGAGGACAGCGCAGUCAUGGGGCUGCUGUCGCGCGCUGUGCAGUCUGCGGCGAGGCAGAGGGAGGCCAGCCGCAGGCGCUUCUGGGGAUGGCUCAAUGCUGUUUUUAACGCGGUGGAUAAUGAGAGGAUCAAGGCGGUUGGUCCGGACAGAGCUGCGGCAGAGUGGCUGCUGAGAUGUGGUGCCAAAGUCAGGUUUGAAGGUUUUGACCGCUGGCAUCACGACUACAACGGACUGCCAACAGGUUCUCUUGGCAGAUACAAGAUCCAGGCAAUCGAUGCCACCGAAUCCUGCAUCAUGAACAGAGGGUUCGACUACUUGGAUGGCUUGAAGUUUGUGGAGGAAAUUAAAUUCAAUAAAUGCGUGUACAUAGAGGACGUCUGCAUGGAAAGGUUGAGUUCAAUGGAGAACCUGCAGGCCAGUCUUUACAUGAUGGAGGUGGUGUCAUGCGGAAACGUGACCGACAAGGGCAUCCUCGCACUCCACAAACUCAGGAACUUGGAGUAUCUGUUUCUCAGCGAUCUCCCUGGAAUCAAGGACAGACAAAUGACUGUGGACAGGCUGCAGAGGGCGCUCCCGCGUCUGGACAUAGCACUGGACCUGGACUGAUUCAAGAUCUGAAAGAUCAAUGUGUUUGUUCUGCUCCAGAAAAAAAAACUUCACAUGAAAUGGUCGUCGGAGUAAAAGAGAGAUGAGAGGAGAAUCUGAAUUUGCAGAUUUUAGUAUUUUUAUUUAUUUGUGCUGCAGGCGUUCAGGUGGAUGUAUGGGAGUUAUGUUGUGUCGUCGAGCUUUAAAAAAAAAAA